UUAAACGGGGGCCAGGCCCGGAGCGCCACUUUGCGCAGCGAGAUCGACGCGGAGAGAAUCCCAAAGGCCAGAGGGGGAGGGGGGAAGAAGAAGAACCGAGGGUGGGGAGGGAAGCGCCGGAGAGGAAGGCGAGAUCAUGGCUCCGAUGAAGCUGUACGGCUCGACGAUGUCGUGGAACGUGACGAGGUGCGCGGUGGCUCUGGAGGAGGCCGGGUCCGACUACGAGAUCGUGCCCAUCAACUUCGCCACCGCCGAGCACAAGAGCCCCGAGCACCUCGCCCGCAACCCAUUUGGUCAGGUUCCAGCUUUGCAAGAUGGUGACUUGUACGUCUGGGAAUCGCGUGCAAUUUGCAAGUAUGCAGCCCGUAAAAACAAGCCCGAGCUGUUGAAGGAAGGCAAUCUUGAGGAGUCAGCAAUGGUGGAUGUCUGGAUGGAGGUGGAGGCCAACCAGUACACCUCUGUGCUGAACCCCAUCCUCUUCCAGUGCCUCAUCAGUCCUAUGCUUGGGGGAUCCACUGACCAGAAGGUUGUCGAGGAGAACCUUGAGAAGCUGAAGAAGGUGCUGGAGGUGUACGAGGCGCGCCUGACCAAGUACAAGUACCUGGCUGGAGACUUCCUCAGCCUUGCUGACCUUAACCAUGUCUCCGCCACCCUGUGCUUGUUUGCAACACCCCAUGCGUCGGUGCUUGAUGGGUACCCCCAUGUGAAGGCCUGGUGGUCUAGCCUGAUGGAGAGGCCAUCUGUUCAGAAGGUUGCAGCUCUGAUGAAGCCAUCUGCUUGAAGAGGUUGUCCUAGCGCAGGCGGUGCUUGGAAUAAGCUGUGCUGUCUUCUGUUUCGGUGUUUGCUUGUUCAGGUUCUGUGCUGUUAUGAUGUGCCUUCUAUGUUGAAUGUUCGUGCUUUGUGCUAGGAUGCUUGUGAUCCGGUCUUGAAUUGUACUGAAAUGAGCAUUCGCGUGCUCUUGUCUGGGAACGUUAUGAUAAUAAGCUCUUUUAGGUGCCUGGAGCUAGACGAUUUCUCAUUUGUGUCUUCAGUGCUGGUAACUGGUCAGGUUUGCAGUUUGCUGCUAUCAUGUCAA